AUCCAUGUCCAGAGGUUGUUUGUUUUUUUCGCUCUUUGGUUCGAAGUGCGGAUUUAAAUCACAUUUUGUCUUCUUAAAUAAUAAGUUUCCAGCAGUGACAUGUUGCUGGUAUUAAAUGUUACUGUAAGUAAAGUCAGUUCCACGUGUCUCUGUGCCAUCCCCUCUCCUCUCCUGUCCUCUCCUCUCCUCUCCUCUCCUCCGUGAGGACACUCUGGGCAGUGCGCCUGGUGGAGCAGCGCUGAGAGGAGCAAAGCGUGGAGGAGGAGGAGAAGAAGAAGAAGUUACCAAAAACAACGAAACAAAAGGAUUUGGGGAGUUAUUUGUCCGUUUUGAACAGGUCACCUCUACUGUGCCACUUUGGUCUGGGCUGAGUGAGAGAGCAACAAGCACCUGCAGCUCCCCCCCUCCCAUCAGUGGCCCAGACCCCCAUUACUGCAGUAUGGGGAACUUUUCCAGCAAGGACGGACAUGGACCCACAGUGGCCCAUGGGGACAGUUUCCACACUCCUCCUGCUUCUCCACAGAGUGAUGGGCCUCCUUUCAUGCCUGGUGUCCCCCAACUCCUUCACCCUACUUCACCUCAACCAUCCCCUGCAGCCCCAGUUUCAUCUCCACCUCCGGUCCCAGUCCUCACAUCCAGUGCGAAGAAAGCACAGCCGAGCACCACCCCUACUACCAAUUCCACCAGUCCCCCUCCUUUGUGGAGGCCUCAUCCACCACCGGUCAGUUCAAAUAGCUCCACCGUCGGCCCUGGAGUAAGCCCGCUGCACAACAAGCCAGGGAGUGUUGUGGGUAAAGGACAAGCUGCUUUGGGGAGGAAUGGGUGUCCUCCGACCUCCACCCCUCGGCCUCUGGUCUCCCAGGGGAAGACUGUGGCCGUCAGCCCGACAAAAAGCCCCUCUUCUCUGUGUAGCGCCUCACCCGUGGUGGGCAGCUCUUCUGGGCCGAACUGGGGGGAAAGGGACAGCGGUCUGAGUCAGUCUUUGCUGCCCGCUCACGAAGCUGGGGACAGCCAGGGUGAGGAGCUGGAGAAGCUGCUGGAGGAGUGUAGGACAACACUGGGUAUCCCUGCCAGUCAGGAUGGAGCCACGGACUCAGCAGGGAUACUGAAGCAUCUACUGACAGAAGUGAAGAGUUUGAAGAGUACUUUACAGACGGAGCGGGGGGAUUGGCUGCAGUUCCAGGCUGACCUACAGGUGGCGGUGUCAGUGGCAGACCGUCUGAGGGCCGAGGCAGAAGAAGAGCUCACUGCACUCCGAACGGCGCACAAGGACGUGGAGAGGGAGCUGGCCGCUUCCCAGCAGAGACAGAAGGAGGCCGAUAUGCAACAUGUCACCCUGAGAGGGGAGCUAGAGGAGAGCAGGCAGAGACUGACUACUCUCACCCCGGCUCCAUGUCAGGAACCAGAGAGGCCCAAUGGAGAACCAACCGACAGCUCUGAGAGCAAAGACGGGACCCAGAGGGGCAGGGAGAGGGGGCUGUACAGGUCGGGGCGAGAAGGGGUGGAAAGCAGGAGUCCGAAUGAACUGACAAAGAAUGUCGAGGAGGCCAGAACAGACUGUAAAGGUGUGGCUAAGCGUUACCUGAGAAAUGUGACCAAUGAGGAUAGGAGCGGAGAGGAGGUGCGAUCCAACGAGACACGAAGGACGUUAACCGCAGAGAGGUCAAGAAGCCUGUCCAGAUUACCCGCUUCCUCGGGCUCCCCCACCAUGCAGAAUGGAACUUCCCAGCCCAAUACUGCCUCAACACUUGGACCUAUAAACAAGAACCUGGGGCAACUAAAAGGCCGAAGAAGUCUGGAUUGGCAAGAGAGCAGGUCGAGCACUGACACAGGAAAACGUGAGGAGUCUCUAAACAAGUACAACUCUGCCCUCACUGAGCUGCCUCCCAGCAAGUCCCAGGAUGGUUUCAACCUGCUGCUGCGUCGCCAUGGAGGCUCCAAGAGAAACUCGCUGCUCCGCUGGUGUCAGAGCCGGACACAAGGCUACAAGAAUAUCGACAUCACCAACUUCAGCAGCAGCUGGUCCGACGGUCUCGCCUUCUGCGCUGUCUACCACACCUACCUCCCCUCACAUAUCCCUUACACCACUCUCACUCCAGAGAACAAGAGGGAGAAUCUCAGUCUGGCAUUCAAAACAGGAGAGAGUGUUGGGAUUGCACAAACCCUGACAGUAGAGGAGAUGCUGAGAGCAGGAGGUCCUGACUGGCAAAGGGUUCUGGGAUACGUGGAGAGCAUCUACCGUCACUUUGAGAUGUGACCGCUGGAGGUACUGACAGACAACCCCAACAUAGUGGAUCCUUAAGGACUCCUCAAAGGAAACGAUACAAGUUGUGAUGACUCCCAGAAUACUAUAAUUUGCCUUUUGUUUUGUGUCCAGAAAUUGGAUAAACUUUUGUUAGCAAAAAGAUUACAUUCAAAGUUACAAUUUGCAACUUUGGACAUUUUAAUUUGCUGCUGUGGAUUGAAGUUCCUUCUGCUUGGUUUCUGUCAUACGCUUCAGAAAAUGUCCUCUGACCAGGUAGAGGCUAUGGAAGUGGCGCGGCCGAACGUUUUGGUUGGUUUGUUACCAUUGUCGUAUAAGGGGUGUAACGAUACAUUUUUACAAUGAUACGAUACGAUUUCCAUGGUUCCGAUAUGAUUUAAGAACGAUAUUUGGCUCAUCUAGAGCGAAUCCAACGAUAUG